AUGGGACCGAAUGUGAAGAACAACCCUCUUCCUCCCCAUGGAGAUCCUGCAGUAAACGCCAUUGAAGAUGCCUUUGUUGGUGUUACAGUUGAUAAGGUGGAUGAUGUUAAGACUCCUUUGGAAGCAUUCCAUGCCCGAUUGGUGGAAGCUGGCCUGAUUAAUGUUAAUCAUGAAAAUUGUGAAGAGUGUGCCACAUACCCAAAGGGGUGUCAGUUGGUACGAGACAACAUUCAAGACUUGAUGGAUAAAGGAGUGCUUCAGAUCUCCAGCGUUACAAAAGAUGAGGAUGUGUUGGUAAUUGAACUUUGCUUCAAUUUACCUGAACCGGUUGAGAUCCCAUAUUACAGUGGUGGAGUGGUUCCUACGAUUAGUCAGCCGUCGCCUGUUGAAAUAUGUAUGCCCACGCCUUUUCCAUACGAGAGCACCAAGGUCGUACCUUGGAAAUAUGAGACUACCAUUGUGGACAAGGUUGUUGAAGCAAGUACAAACGUUGAAGUGACCGAAGUUGUGAAUGAGGACGUCACCAAUAUUGCAGGAAUGAGCAAAAUGACCCGUAGUGGUCGAAUCUAUACGCCUGAAUUCAAUGUGACUCCUCAAAGGCCAAACAAGGAAUCAACAUUCGCAGCUCCCACUAAAGAACCCGAAGUGGUCCAAUCUGAGGAUGCUGUUGAAUUCUUGAAAUUAAUCAAGAGAAGUGACUAUAAGGUUGUGGACCAGUUGCAUGAAACACCAUCUAAGAUCUCUAUUCUAUCUCUGUUAUUGAACUCCCAAGCCCAUAGGGAGGCUUUGUUGAAGGUGCUUGCCCAAGCUCAUGUAACACAAAGCAUAACAGUAGACCAAUUUGAUGGAGUAGUUGUGAACAUCACAGCCUGCAAUACUUUGAGCUUCAGUGGAGAGGAAUUACCUGAGGAUAGACAAAAUCACAAUCGUGCUCUCCAUAUCUCGGUAAAAUGCAAAGAUGAUGCUUUGGCAAGAGUUUUGGUUGAUACCGGAUCUUCUUUGAAUGUGAUGCCAAAAAGAACACUCGCCAAGUUAUCUUAUCAAGGACCGGCUAUGAAGCCUAGUACCCUGAUAGUGAAAGCUUUUGAUGGGGCAGUUACCUCCACUUUACACCAGAAAAUGAAGUUUGUGGUGGACAAUCAAUUGAUCAUUAUUUCUGGGGAGGAGGACUUUGUGGUCAGUCACCUUUCAUCCUUCAGAUACAUCGAGGUUGAUGAGGACGCUUUGGAAACUUCUUUCCAAGCUCUUGAAAUAGCCAACGCCACUUUUGUGGAGAUGAAGGACCCAGUUGGGAAAGCUUGUUCUUCUUUCGCUUCUCUGAAAAGCGCAAAGUCUAGCAUUGAAGGAGGAAACCCUAAAGGUUGGGGUCAUCUUAUUGAUAUUCGUGAGAAGCAUGAUCGCUUUGGUAUGGGAUAUGUGCCUUCUGCUGUGAAAGGAGCCCGAGUCCCUGCAAAGGACAAUACCCGAAGCAUCCAUGAAGUAUUCCUCAGCACAGGAUUCAUCCAUGGAGAUCACGUCAAUGCAAUUGAAGACAACACCGAAAAUGAAGAUGAGCCAUGUUUGGUUUACCGGUGUGAGACAGCUUUGAACAAUUGGAAGGCGGUUGAGAUCCCAAAAUUUUUUCCUUUGUCAAAGUAA